CUUUCCGACACGCUCCUUCCCUCCAUUUCUCUCUAUCUCUAUAUUUCAUCGCCUCGUCUCUCUCCGUCUCUCUCUCCCCCUGAAAACCCUAGAACGGAGAGAGAGAGAGAGAGCGAUGCUCCCGCAGCAGCAGCACCAUCCCAUCACUCCCACAAACGCGGCGAUCCUCGCACCCCUCAAGCGCGGCAAGAAGCGCGGCAGCUACAACUGCGGCCGCUGCGGCCUCCCCAAAAAGGGCCAUUCCUGCCACAUUACCACCGAUCCGACCGUCCCACCUUCCCUCACCCCUCCCCCUCCACGUCAGCAGCUCCGCCGCUCCCUCUCCUUCGACGAUGAUGUCGAUUUCGCCCACGUAGCUGCACCGUCCGACGAGGACGAGGACAUGGACGACGCCUCAUCACCGUCCUCGGCCUGUCUGGCCGAGGUCCUGAGGCGACUCCCACCCUCGGCCCUGCUGUCGGCCGCGCAGGUCUCCAGGGAGUGGAGAGACUGCGCGAAACGCGUGUGGCGUGCGGCUGAGGAGCUUCGUUUGCGGGUCCCAUCAAUGUCGAAAGUAGGGUUUGUUGGAUCGGUGCUCCGCAGGUGUACGGGACUUGUUAGACUCUCACUGAGGAUGGAAAGUGAUUUGGACGCGACAAUGUUGGCAUGUGUUGCAUUCUCAUGUCCAAAUCUCGAAGCCUUGGAGAUCAGUACGGGUGAUUCUGCCAUCAACCGGAUUACCGGAGAUGAAUUGGGCCGUUUUGUUGCUGAGAAACGAUGUCUUUCAAGCCUUAAAAUUGAAGGGUGCACUAGCCUUGGCUUUCUCAGCCUAUGUUCCACAAGUCUGUCAACGCUCUGGCUUUCGGACCUUCACUCCAUGUCCAAAAUGGCCUUCAACUGUCCUAAUUUGAAGGAGCUUUCCCUUGAUUUUUCCCGCCAAGAGAAUGACUCUACUGAUCUUAUCACCAUGGUGGAUAGUUUUGGAAGGAGCUGCCCGAGAUUGAGAAACAUACAUAUUGCAUCUAUUCAACUGUCUCAUGCUGUUGUGCUUUCUCUGACAAGUGCAAAUUUGAGGGGCUUGCGCAUGCUUUCAUUGGUACUUGGUUCUGAAAUCACAGAUGCAUCUGUGGCUGCAAUCACUUCCAGCUAUGCAAACCUGGAGUUGCUUGAUCUGAGUGGAUCAAGCAUCAGUGAUAGCGGGAUUGGAAUGAUCUGCAAUGUUUUACCCCGUACAUUGUCUAGACUACUACUUGCCCUUUGUCCUAACGUCACUUCAAGUGGCAUACAAUUUGCUGCAGCCCAACUGCCGCUUCUACAACUCAUUGAUUGUGGGAUGACCAUUUGCGACCCUAGUGUUCAAAACGCAACCAUUGAUGAAAAUGGUAACUCUGGCCAUGAACUAAAUAAUCAGCAGAAAGUAACCAACACCAAGCUACACCCAAUGUACCAGAAGCUGAUCAUCAAACAUGCGCGGUUGAAGAAGCUCAGCCUAUGGGGUUGUUCUGGUUUGGAUGUAUGCCACCAUGAAAAUAUUUCUUAUUGCUAUGCCCUCAUGCAGCAUAUGUGGGCGUUCAUCUGUGCUGCACAUGAAGCUCUUUAUCUGAAUUGCCCGGAGCUUAACGACCUGAAUCUCAAUUCAUGUACAAACUUGCAUCCAGAGAGGUUGCUACUUCAGUGUCCCAGUCUUCAAAGUGUACAUGCUUCUGAAUGUCCAGAUAAGUUGGUUGGGGCAAUUCAAAGUCAGGUUUUCAAUGAUUUUGCUGCUGAGGAAGAUCACUUUCUGCGGAAGCGAUUGGCAGAUGCUUCCAAGAGAGUGCAGGUUCCCCAUUUUGUCACACCACAGUCAUCUGAUGAUGAGAAGGGAAGGAGGGCCUGGCAACCAAGGUGUGCAGUGCACAUUGACUGAAUGGCGCACCUCUUUCUUUACCAGUCUUGGCUAAUUAGCAUCAGUUGCAAGCCUUGCUGUUAGUUUCAAGGCUUGCCAUUUGAAGGGUCCAGGUGGUUUGUAGUUGUGACGGUGGACCGAUGGUAAUGCCUAUCUAAUCUUUUGUUGCAUCCACAAACCAGUGGGAUUUGUAUUAAACUGAAAUGAAUAUAAUAUGCAGAGAACCUUUUCCAUGAAUAAACUUGAGAAUUGGGGCUUGCAUGG